AUGGAAGCCAUUUCUCUCUUUCCAAGCACUCAUCAACCAAUAAGGUCCAUUAGCUUGCCCACUAGAGUGCACCCCUCUUCUCUAAGAAUUGAAGCACUGUUGAACCAUCUUAAACUUCAUUACCCCCGGUCUGUUUCCAGCACCGUUUGUUUAGAAGCAGAGAAUAUUCAAAGUGAUUCGGUUGUGCUUGCAGAGUUGUACAAUUGCAUGGAGGAACUCUUCCAUUCUCCACAGACCCAACAAGCUCUUUUGCACUACCAGAAUGGGAAUCUAGUGGAAGAGGCACUAUGUGGCUCAGUCACAUUGCUAGAUGCAUGUGGGACCGCAAGGGAUUUAUUGUUUGCUUUCAAGGAACAUGUGCAAACAUUUAAGUCAGCCAUACGUAGAAGAAGAGGAGAUUCAAGCAUUGAAAGUAGCAUUUCUGAAUAUGAUAGCUUUAGGAAGAAGGCCAAGAAGGAAAUCUGCAAGCUACUUGUGGCAUUGAAGCGAAUGGAGAACAAAGUUAAUGGUUUUUCUGUCAUGGGUCAAGAUCAGUAUAUAAUAUUCUUGGCUAGAGUUCUAAGAGAAGCAAGCACCAUCACCAUCUCUAUAUUUCGUUCUGUUUUGCUAUUCCUGUCCAUAUCACGACUCAGAACAAAAGGGUCCUCCUUGAUCUCAAAGCUAAAGCACACGAGAUUAUUUUCUUCAGAGAAAGAACAAAAGAACAAUAAUGUUGUAGACCUCCAUGUUGUGUACUCCCUCCUUGGAAGAGGAAAAUACGAUGAUGUCAAGCCUGAAGUUCAAGAUGCACUAAGAGUGUUAGAGACACUAAAUACUAGUAUUGAUGGUCUAGAGGGUAGCUUGGAUUGCAUUUCCAGACGUUUAGUCCAAAAUAGAGUGUCACUUCUUAAUAUUCUUGCUCAUUACCAAAAUUAUGAGUGA